AUGAGAAUUUUGCUGCUGGCGUGUGCUGUCUUAGCUUAUGAUGUGCGAAUCGAGUACUCUGGCGAGCUGAGCAGUGGCGCAGACAGCCAACAUGCAAUCCUCUUACCGAACCAGAAUGCGAGUUUUAAAUGCAUCGUCCCGCGCUCCACUGUCGCGGUGAAGUGGUUUCUUGACGCCCGGCUGUUGGGGACUUCGCUGGUCAACGACAGGCGCCCAGACAAAUCGAGCUGGGAAAAUUCCUUUCCAGAAGAUGAGCUCGACUUCGUGCUGGAGCCGUUGGAUACGAAAGCGCUCAACCCUAGGGAGCAGUUCAAAGCGCUGAAGGCGCAUUCUCAGCUGACGCGCGCGGGUGGGAAUAGAUCAAGACGAAGCUCGCGAAGGGUGAUGGAAGACCACCCAUGGAUGAUCCGCAAGGGCAAUAUAAUGAUGAUUACCGAUGUUAAUGAGAAGAUCGAAGGCUCAUUUAGUUGUGUCGCCAAGCUGAAAAAGACAGCGAUCGCUUCCGAGCCAAUUAAACUCACCAUCGCCAAACUUGGCAAGUUCUGGAACCUCGGCAAUCUUGGCCCUGUGCGGAGCGAAGUUAACCAGCCCGUGAUGUUGGACUGUCCGGAUAUUGAUUCCACGCCGGAAGCGCGUUUCAAUUGGUUCAAGGUCGCCCAAGACGGUGAAAGACAGUUACUUCGUGAUAAUGAUCCUCGUUACGACUUCCAUCGAAAUGGAAAGAAGCUUUUUAUCAAAUCCGUUCAACCAGGAGACGAAGGAAGCUACACAUGCGAGGCGGUCAACGACUUUCUCGGUCGAAGCCAAAAGCUGUGGGCCUUCAGCAAUCCAAAAGAAGUCAAAAUUGUCGCCAACGGCAUCUCCAACCAAUAUCGACGCAUCCCACUCAAUUCUGUUUUGGGACAAGAUCUUGUUCUCGAGCCCGCUUCGAAUUCAGCUAGGUGGUACUUCAAUAAUGAGAAGCUCACGCCAGGACGAGGAGGAUUUGACUCGCUGAGUCUUGAGAACGGAAUUCUCAUGGUGCGCGGUCUUUCUAUGCGAAACGAGGGUCAGUACACCAGCAUCGAUGAAUCCAGGAAUGUUACGUUCCAAUAUGACGUACGACUAUCAUAUCCGCCGCGAUUUACAGAUUCUCUACCAGAUACAGUAACCGUUGAUGAGUGCCGAAGAGGCUCUCGCUGCCCGAUGGUAGAAUGCCCGAACUUCAUCGCAUAUCCGGAAGGAAAGGUGAAAUGGAAAGUAAACGGACGAGAACUUUCGGAGAGCGAGCGAACUAUUCCCGUGCGAACAAACGAGUAUUACUCCAACGAUGAAAAGAGUAUUUACCAAUGCUUUGUGUCAAACGAGCUCGGGGACAUUAGCUUCACGCAGACUGUACAUAUACGAUCAAAGUCAGCACCAAAGUUCAAAGAAGAAAAGUUUCCAGUUAAACUCAAGGAUGUCAUGUGUCACCAGGCUGGUGAUGCUUACAAUAUCACAGUCGAAUGGAAAAGCUCGCUUAUCAGCCCUGGGACGCUCUGUUUCUCUGUGUACAAAGAAGACAACGAAGAGAACUUUAAUCUCUACCAGCUGAGCUACGAAAAAGACAAGCAGAAAAAAUGCAUCAAUUCUGACGAGUUGGAAAUCCAAAUCCCAGUAGAUUCUUCUGGCGAGUAUCUUGUCGAGCUGAACGCUGGGAAAACGAGGAGAAAAGAACCAACGAGACGCGUUACGUGCCCGAUCCGGCGACCUAGACUAUGUCCUCGACGAGAGAAGCUUCCCAGAUCGAUCCCAUCCGUCAUGGAAGUAAACGCACAGACUGCGCAUUUGGACACGGGCGUCGACGCUGUGACUGUAGACUGGCAGGUUGAUAGAUUCAUCAAGACGACGGGCUCCGUGUGGGACAGAUUCGAAAUUCAAUGCAAAGUCAACGGAAAAUGGAAAUCAGACUUAGAACGUCACAUUAAUGUUUCACUCGCAGAAGUUCCCUCUGCCACCGAACUACCUCACUUUGCGUUUCCUUAUCAACUGACAGAGUUUGACACAUCGCAGCGCGUGCAAUUUCGAGUGCGCCGGAUCUGGUCCCGGACGUGCAUCUCCGACAAGUCGGAAUGGGCAAAGUCCAAUGAGAUUUUUAUUCAGAAGCCUCAAGUAACCUCAACGCUUCAACUUCAAAACCCCCCUUCUUCGAUCUCAGUUACUAUCACUCACGACGGAAGAUCAGCCUUCUGGAUUCAUCUCAUGAGCUCGCGAGUUUCGCAAAAUGUUGGAGCAGUUAAAAUUUGUUGGGCCGAAGCAACCCCUUACGCCGCGAUAAAACGAAAAGCCGUUUGCCAUCAAACUGGUGAUUUCAACACAAGAGAAGUGGACAUUGAGCUCGCUGACAUUCCGGAAACAAGCGCAUCGUGGACAAUUUCAGUUUUCUCUCAGGAUUAUCAAAUAUACCAAAAGACAAUUGAGCUCCAACGCCUGCGUUCAGAAGUCUCUGUCCGAAUCGUGCGGAACCCUACAGAAGUUUCUUAUUCCAACUCGGCUCCAUACAGAAUAUCCGCCGCAGCGACUCCAGAAAUCACUAAAGGCGGGUGGAAUCCAUUGAACUGCUUCGACGCCAAUACGACCAUUCAAGGCGUGAUUGUUGGGAUUUUGGCCAUAUUUCUGGUUUUCUGUAUAGCAAGCGUCGUGUAUAUCCUUAAAUUCAAGCGAUUACCGCAACACAAUGGCCAGAUUACCUCGAAGAAAGAAAUCGACCAGAGAAGGACUAGACGAGGUGAUUUCGGGCUUGAAAAAGAAACGCCACCGCCUGAAUACCCUGCUGACGAGAUUCGAGACACAUCAACCCUCUUACGACAGCAACCAAAAAGAGUGGCUUUGCCUCCUCUCAGCACAUUUGGGAACUCGAUGAUUCUCGAAAAUCCAAAAGUGCAAUCAACGACGACUACUCCAACUCCACUGAUGCGAGAUUAUAACUCUCAAUCAACGAUUCCUUACUCUGGUACAUUGUCAAUAAGAAACCAGAAUAACGACUGUUCAUAA